AUACAGUAUAUACUGUUUAUAAUGUAUUGUAUUUUAAUUUCAUUAUAACAUUUACAUUGAAUUAAUAAUAAUAAACAAUAAAUUCAUUGAUUGAUUGAUUUAAACGUACGAUAAAUAAGACAGACAUUCAAUGACCACAACAACAGCUAUUAUCAUGUCUUAAGACUUUUACCGGACAACUAAAUCUCUUCUACUGAAUUAUCAACUAUUUUGUUGUUUAUAUAUUUUUGGUGAUCAAUUGGUCAUAACAUUACAGACACAAACACACAGAGGAAGUAAUGUCUUCACGGAUACCAUUGUCAACAAAACWGUUGUCGCCGUCAUCUUCGGUACCGAUGCCCGCAAUGACUACAGCGGACACCGACACCAUAGCCACCGCCGCCGCCGCUACUGCAACCACUACCGGUCUGUCAAACAAACAGUUGGCACUGCUAUUGGUGGCCGCACCGGUAGUUGUGGGCGCCGGCGCCUACUUGUAUUAUAGCUAUUAUCAUAACAACAACAACAAGAAGGGAUCACCAGAUGGUAAAUCUGGUGACAAGAAAAACAAAAAUACGACGACGAAGAUUAAGACGAAGGAUGCGAUGGACGGCAUUAGUAGCGAAAUGGAUCCGUUAACAGCAGCCUUGAAAUACAAGUCAAACGGCAACGAUAUGUUUAGGGAUCAUCGAUACCAGGAGGCCAUCGAUUGCUAUACCCGUGCCAUUGAUUCGUGUCCUGCGGAUCGUCGGGACGAACUGUCGACUUUCUAUCAGAACAGAGCCGCCAGUUAUGAAAUGUUAAAGUCGUAUCAGUUGGUGGUCGACGACUGCGACAAAGCGCUGGCUUUGAACAACCGUUAUGUCAAAGCAAUGAUCCGACGGGCAAAAGCCAAAGAAGCGUUGGGCGACUUAAGUGGGGCACUGUUCGACAUAACGGCUGUCUGUAUUCUGGAACAGUUUCAAAAUCAACCGAACCUAAUGAUGACCGAUCGGUUACUACGGGAACAAAGCAAAAUCAAAGCCAAAACCUUGUUCAAGACCCGUACGCCACGGCUGCCAUCCAAUCAUUUUAUUGUCCACUAUUUUAUGUCCUAUUCUAACGAACCCAUACUGAAGAAUUGCGGCCCAACAGAAGUGGUCCAAUACUUGGAAACACUUCGCGAAAAACAAACGGAAUCCGAUCACUAUCUUCACGAGUUUCUUCUGCUCGAUGCAACUCUUGAGAUACUGAAGGGUAACAUUGAAAAUGGAGAGAAACUAUUGGAUAGAUUGAUUGGAUUCGCUAACUGUAUGAAAGAUAUCAAAGUGAAUGCAUUAAUCAAAUUGGGAACAAUCCGUGUCCAAGACAUUGGACGCGAAGAUAGCUUUAAGGAUGCGCUCGACUGUUUCGACAGAGCCGUUCAAUUGGAUGAUAAAAAUCCUGAUAUUUACUUACAUAGAGCACAGAUUUAUUUACUCUCUGAACGAGUGGACGACGCCUACAAAGAUUUGGAAAAGUGUUGCAAAUUGAACGAUAAGUUUGCUUCGGCUUUUGCACAAAAACUUUAUGUCCAAUACAGAUGCGGUGUCCGCUAUAAUGACGAAACGACUAUCUGUAAGGCAUURCAAGGUUUYGAAUUGGCUAUSGAUCAGUUCAGCAGUUCCAGUGAAGUCUAUUCACUGUAUGCACAGGCUUUGAUGGAAAGAGGAGACUAUAGUAAAGCUGAUGAAUAUUUUCAGAAAGCCAUCGACAAGGAUCCAGACGAUGGCAAUCUAUACGUACACAGAGGUAUACUCUAUCURCAGUCGACUAACGAAACAGAUAAGGCAAUAAAACUGUUGGAAAAGGCAAUGAAAGCUGAUCCCAGUUGUCAGUUUGCCUACGAAAUGAUGGGUACCAUUCAGGUCCAGAAGGGACUGUUGGCCAAUGGUAUCAAAUCGUUUGAYAAGGCCUUGGAGUUGGCACAGACAGAGCUGGAUUGCGCUCAUCUAUAUUCGCUUAGGGAUGCGGCCGAAGCCCAGGAAAAGGCUACCAAAUUGUUGGGCAUUGAACUACCGGUUCCCAGUCUUUGAACGAGUGUUUGAAUACUU